AUGGGUCUUCACAAGUCGACGGUAGCCAGGUGGAUUAGAGGCAAGGAAGAGGCUGGUAAGCUGAAUGGAAGGCCUCGUGGCCGUCGCCGCAAAACAACAGCAGCUCAGGAUCAGCAGAUACGCCGCUUCAAUGAGAACCACCCAUUUGUCAACGCACGAGAAAUUCAGCAGACUUCGGGUCUCAAUGUGCUGUCGGCGUGCAACGACCUGUCGGUGUUCGACCCGUCGACGUCGGUGGCGGCGCGGUUCUACUCGUCGCUGCUGGAGUGCGUGCGGCGGCUGUCGGACGUGACGUACGGCGUGGAGGUGUCGUGGCGGGAGGCGCAGGUGCCGGGCCUGCUGCAGACGCUGGCGGCGUGGGCGGCGGAGGGGGCGGCGGAGGGCGCGGCCGACGAGGCCCGCCAGCUGGUGGCGCCCGCGCUCGCCGCGCUCGUCAACCUCUGCCAGCGCAACCUGCCCGCCGUGGUUGCGCUCAUGCGCGCCGUCGACACGCGAGCCUUCCUCUGCACGCUCCUCUCCCGCAAGGACCCCUCGCCCGCCACCAAGCUGCAGGUGUGCAAGCUGGUGGUGACGGUGAAGCAGGUGCAGGGCGGGCUGCAGGACAGCGACGUGCUGAGCUUCUGCGAGGCGGCCUUCUGCGCCGUGGGCGACGCGCUCGCCGGCGCCGACGCCUUCCUGCUGCGCCAGAUCGUAGACUUCUUCGAGGACGUUCGCAACGACGAUCGCUGCCGCGCCGCGCUGCUGCGCUAUGAGAACUUCCGGAAGGACACGGAGGGCGUGCUGGGCCAGCUGAAGGACUCCCCGAAGCCGCAGUGCGUGUCGCUGCUGCUGCAGUUCCUGCUGCCGCUGGUGCAGCUGCGCAUCCGAGAGCUGGCGCCGCUCUACCCGGACGUGGCCGCGCUCGCGCUCAAGUGGAUAGUGGGCGAGACGGCGGGCACGGCGGCCAUGAUGGUGCUGUGCGCCAUAGUGAGCACUGUGUGCGGCCACAGCGAGGACGCGUCCCCAGCAGACGAGCAGAAGCAGGUGGACCGCGAGACGGCCCGUGUGCGCGACGCCGUGCUGGACUUGAUCGAGGCCAGGAUACCGGUCCUGAGUGAAAUCCCACACAAAUCUGUGACGGCCCUUUUCCAGCCGCUGUUAUCGUCUGACAAGGAAGAAAGUCUCUUUCAAGAGGAAACCAUCAACCUACACCUUCAGGCGCUGCAGCUGCUGCUGGAGCUGUCGUCGUGGCGCGAGGAGUGGGGCGACGCCCUGUGGAGCUCCCUGAGACAGCCGCUGCUGCAGCUGCUUCUGGCCGCCGCGCUGCUGGCGGGCGCCCCCCACCACAAGGCUCAGGCGCUGCGCCUGCUCAGCACGCCUGGCUUCCUCAAGGAGUGCGGAGCGUCGCUGUCGGAGCGACUGUGCGAGCUGCAGCCGCUGCUGGUGGUGCCGUACAGCAGCGCGCGGGCGGCCGGCCGCGGGGGCGGCUCCUUCCGCCCCCACAUGGACGAGAGCAUGCAGCAAGACCUCACGCCGCUCUUCACCAUAGCACAGGAGGGCCGCCUCAACCAGAUGAUGGCUCGCCUGCAGGAGGCCUUCGAGAAUAAGGAGAUACGCGACGUGUCGGUGUCGGCGAUAGUGGACCUGUACCGGUGCAAGAUCGCGGCGCUGGGCAACUCGGAGAAGGCGCUGUACGCGCGGCUGGAGAAGGCGGACGAGGAGGCGUCGCGCAGCCAGCAGCUGCUGUCGCACGCGCUCGACGGCGCCAGCCGCCUGCUGCAGCGCUCGCGGCACUCCGCCGAGCUGCUCGAGGAGGCGCGCGCCGAGCUCAAGGACAGCGACAAGGCGGUCCGUACCCCGAAGCUGCCCUCACAGAACAAUGUACGUGGUGAUCCGUGGGUGCAGGUGGCCCGGCUGGAGGAGACUAAGACUCGCCUGGAGUCAGCACUUAACGCAGCGGAGGAGCGGUGCGAAGCAGAGGAGCAGCGAGCGGAGCAGCUGGAGCAGGAGCUACAGAAGGCCACGGCAGAGACUCGCGAGCUGGAGCGAUCAGUACAGCAGCUCACAGACAAGGCCGCAGAUCAAGCGAAGAUCAUACGCCGACUACAAGACAAGCUAGCAAAGAAGAAAGAGGAACUGAAGAAUUUAAAAAACCGCAGCAACAACGACAGCAGCAGCGACAGAAGUCAAGACGCAAGGUCGUAUCCCCACAACGUGCCUAAAUGUCGCCAGGAGGCGUCGACGGCGCAAUCUUCGCUGGCGAGCGCGCAGCUGGAGGCGUCGCGGCUGCAGGAGGAGCUGGCCGAGUCGCGCGCCGAGGCGGCGGCGGUGCGCGCCACGCUCGCCUCCCGCGACGUCGAGCUGCACGAGCUGCGCGGAGUGCGCCGGGAGAUCGCCAGGCUCUCCGCCAAGCCCGACGCCACCGCCUCCUGA